AUGAAUGAGAACUGGAUGAUCCUUUCAUGGGUGAUGGUGCAGUCUGAGACGAAGAAGUCCCUGAAGCCCAUGUACGAGGGACUAGCACGGCACUACAGCACAGCAGGCAUAGAGAAGGCACAAUACCACUGGGUAGACAGGGAUUGCUGUGCAGCAUUCAAAGUGGCAGAAUCGUAUGCAGGAGAGCAUCUGAACUGGGAUUCUUGGCAAACAACUGAUGCCAUCGUUGCCCAGGCUACUUCUGGUAACCUGCUGAACACGUGUGCGUCACGGUCCCAUUUCAGUGCCAACUUGAGCAUCAAGCUGGACUUAUUCCACUGCAUGAGGAGGUUCCUCCGUGAGUGUGUGACAGAGCAUCAUGCACUGUACAGUUCUUUUGCUCAGUUCCUGUCUGCAGCCUUUUCUGUGGUGGAUCAGGAAGACCUGCAGAGGCUUAAAGACGCCUAUGCCUUCUGUGGGAUUCAGCCUGCCAACCCAACCAAGCCACACAUUCGGGAGCACUGCAGGACCAGGAUCACACAGCCGGAGGAGCUCAUCAAGAGGGUGGAGGGAGUUUUACAGCAGUUUCACCUGGCCAGUGAUCCAAAUGGCGCUCCUCUCUUCAAGCCCUCAAUGCUGAAGCUAUGGCGGAUCCAGCGGGUGCACAUCCUGCGAGGUUGCCUGAGUGAUCCCGUGGUUGAAGGAGGGAUUUUGUACAGGCAUGGAGGAUCUCUGCAGCUGAAUCAUGUGCAGGGUGAAGGGGCCAGAGUUCCCAUUUGGAUCCCCAUCAGAGGCACAUCCCAGCAGGAGGGAUAUCACUUCCACCAGGCUCAGUGGGUCACUGGAACACGUGUUUCCCCAGAGCUGUUUCAAGCACAGGGGAUGACUGGCGUGGCGCGGUGGAAUUACCAGCGCCUGGUGGACUUGAAGCAGCCUGGUGUCCACCUCCCAGCCGUCUUUGAUCCUGCAUUAAUGGCCCAGCUCAACGCAGUCUCCGAACGGGUGUUGGGACACAUGAAAUAUCCAGCAUUUCAUCUCUCUAGCAGAGACACUGGAGAGAAGUUUGGCCUGCAGUACGUUGAGCCAGGUUGCCGCCCAGUUCCUGUGGACUGGGACAAGCACAGGACCAAGACAGACUCUGCCCCGGCCCUGAGUCCACCUCCUCAAAGCAGCGCGCCGACUGCCCAGUCAUCCUCAUCCUCAAUGGCACCCCUGAAGCUGUUUCAGUUUCCUCCACGCCCUGCUGCAGAUUCUGCUGUCAAACCAGACGUGACUCCCGGGCCUCAGACAGAUCCAGAAACAUGUCGGCCGUCUCUGCCCCUGCUGUCCUCACCGACUGCCGCUCGCACUGGACCUGUGAAGACAGGAGGGAGAGUGUUUGUGUUGGACCACAAGCGGUGGCCGGCCCCCAUGAAGGCAGCUAUAGACAACCUGCUCAAUGAACACCGUGGGAUGAAGGGCAUGCUCAAGCUUGUGGACCAGGGCUAUGCUGCUCUAGUUCACAACUCCUGUACAGACCCAAACAGCAUGCUGCACCCAACAACAAAACAUCACAUCUUACAAUAUGUAAAACACCUCUGCAAAUUACUAAACACCAGCUCAUCUUUGAACACCAGCCCAGAAAAACUGCAAGAGAGGCAGGAACUCUGGCACUCUCUGACAAAGGGCAGUGAGACUACCCGUGUGCCAGUUGUAACUAUGCCUGUUGCAGUCGUUAACCCACCGCCACCUGGUCAGACCCUUACGAAAGCCUCCAUUGAGGAAAUUGUCCAAAACAUCCUAGACAAGCAACAGCAGCAUCAGCAGCAACAACAACAACAACCAGUGCACAAAAAGAAGCAGACAAAAACGUGCCUGUCCUGUGGCCAGCCAAAGUCCAGGUAUGAGAAUGAUGGUUCCUCCAUCCACUUCUUUUACCAGCAGGGCCCCGUCAGGUACUUUUACUGCUCCACUAAAGUUUUUAAAGCUUAUGGUGCUGAAGGUCUGACAAACCCCAAAAUGCCCUUUAAAGACUUUGCAGGAACAAAGUUCUUUCAGCAGGAACUGUAUUCCACAAAGAAAAGGGUGGAGGAGAGAGGCCAGCAAAAGAGGAAGAGGACUGAAUCUCAGCACACGGAAUCCCGAGACACUGAAUCCCAGCACACUGGUCCAAGAUGUCGCUUCUGUAGGAUGGGACUGAAGCAGGGCCCAAACAGUCCUCAUAUUCACACCGGGUUCCCUGGAGUAACAGGGAAGUACGUGUAUUGCCCUGCUAAAGUAUUUUCCCUGUACAAAGACCAGGGCAUGGAGAAGGAGAUGACAUGGAGAGAGUUCCAGGUGUCUGCCUUUUAUGAGACAGAAAAAAACAGAUGGGCAGUUGAAAAGAGAAAAUAAGAGAAAUGUGGAGUGUUCUGUCAUGUAUAUAUUCUUUCUCUUUUUAAUAUUUACAUUCUUUUUAUUAUAUAUUUUUUUUACAAAUUUGUGUUGUGUUUGUUUGA